AUGAUUAGCGCAAAGCAAGAUCUAAAGAAUUACGUAUAUGAGGGAUUAAAGUCAGGCAACUUGUCAGAUAUUACUAUAGAGGCACAUGGCAAGACCCAUAAACUUCACAAAUUCAUUUUAGGACGUAGUGGCUACUUCCAGUCUUUGUUUCUGGGGUCUUGGAAAGAUUCAGAAGGGACACAUCAACUCACGUUUGAAGAUGUUAGCAAGUAUAUUACAGAAAUUAGUUUCAACCAUUGUAUCUGGUAUCUAUAUGGGUUGAGUAUCAAUUACCCCGUGGGGGUGGAAAAGGAUCCUUUGUAUGCUUGCAAGAUUUUUUGUACUGCCCAAUUCUUGGAUAUUGAAAGUCUUAUCGAUCUGUCACAUAAAUUCAUAUCUGACUCCUUAAGGAUAUCCAACCAUCUUGAUAUCUUUAUAGAGUUUGUAUCAGAAAGUGACUAUGGAAGUUUGACCACAAGUCUACAUGAUAAAAUCACAAGUAUAUUGUGUCUUUCUGGUUGGGAGGCUGAAAUUGAUAUUUGGGCCGGUAUCCCCCCAACUUUGGUUCAAACUGUAAUUAAUUCUCCUUGUUUCUUUGUCCCAAAUGAAUGGGAAAGAAUCUUAUUUGCAUUUAGACUUUGUCAUUUUUAUCAUAAAAAUCCAUCAAAUCGGUUCUCCUGGUACGCAUAUCGCUCAAUAUUUGAAUCCUAUUUACUUCAUCAAGUUUAUUAUUCGAAUCUAACUCCAGAACAGUUGUAUCUCUUGGAUGAAUAUACUCAGCUGCCACAAUUCCUUAAGUUGGAGAUCCCCAAUAUGUGUGAUUUAUUGAAGAGAUCGCUUUGGGAUUUGGUUACGAUUAAAAAGAAAAUUAAAUACUUUGAAACGUCGCUGAAUUCUGUAUUUAGUCGGAAAAUGCCCAUGAUUGAGGAGGGAGGUUUCAGGAAUCUGUACCGUGAAGGCUUAUUUCCAGUUUGUCAAAAAGAUGAUAUUCUUUGUGGUUCUCCUGAUUAUCUUUCGAAAACCAUUUUUGAAAUGGAAAAGGAACAUAGUUUAAAAUCUGCUUCACUGUUUGGUACUUAUGAUGCAUCUGAAAUCCCUCCAUUGAGAUUUUCUGUAUUAUUCACAUCCUUGGAUACUCUUCAAUAUGGUAAACGUUUAUUUUCAAAGACUUUAUGGUACCGUGGAUCUUAUUGGAACGUUUAUGUUCAGAAGACUUUGGUUGAAUAUUCCACUACUCAAGAUACUCCUCUGAAACAUGAUGAAAUACUCAUUUCUCCUGAUUUUAUAGGGCAGAAUACCCCACCGAUUCCUGCAACUUUUGUCUCAAAGAAGGCUACCGCUUGUCAAGUAGGCAUUUAUAUACAUAGAGCAUCUAAACCCACUCCUCCACCUUCGACUUUGAUUAACCGCGAUAUCUUUGAAAAACUGAACAAAUAUAUUGCCCCGGAAAUGCUGCAAUCUAAUAUACUUCCUAAUGAGCCCAAGGUUCAAAUGAAGGCUAAGUUGACUUCAGAAUUGGGGAAAUUGGAUAUAACUAGUGGAAAUAAUGUGAAUCAAACCUCGGAAUUGAUCCAUUACGAAGAUGGUAGAAGUAUCAUACAGUGUUAUUUCAGUUUGUAUAUUCCAUCUGGCAAAUCGGAGAAUGGUGAUAUCAAUUACUUCCAUCAAAGACCAUGUAGUUUCCUGAAAUCUCAAAGCUUGGGGUGGAAAUGCAAUACAUUAAUGGCUAUUGAUAGUGCAACAGGGCGACUUCAAAAUGGGAAAGAUCCAAAUUUAAAGGUUAUGGUGGUAUUUGGGCUUACUUAA